AACUCGUUCGAGCUGUUCUCAGUGGCGUUUUGUGGCGUCGGCAUGUUCCUCGGGAUUCCCUACUAUGGCACGGCGUAUCUGAACGGCGGGCCCGUGUGCUGCGUGUGGUUCUGGUGGAUCACUGCCUUCUUUGCCCACCUGCUCGCCCUCUCCUUCGCUGAAAUCGCUUCUUCUUUCCCU